UGAAAACGGCUUUUUGUUUUUACCUGAUUAAUUAUGCUGGAUAUCAAUUUGCUGAUUUUAACCGUGAAACUGUAGAAAUACGUGGGCAAACAUUAUAUUUGCACAGUCAUGGACUAGCAUGAGGUUUUAUUUUGAAAAGCACCGGAGGAUGCUCUGCUUGUAAGUCCUUCUGACUUGCCUGAGGCUGGUGUGAAGGUGCAGCCCCCCCAUCACUCCAAUCAGACUUGCUGGUGCUGCUGAGGUCCAGGAGCUCUCUCCUCCUCCCACCUCCUACUCGUAAUGGGGGAGCUGCAUGCAGCGGUGAAGUCACAGUGAUGUCAUUUGAGGAUGUGAGAGAGUAGGGGGCAAGGUGAGCUGAUCUUGCAGUGAGUGGUGCCCCCCCUCCACGGCCAGCGUUGCCUGUACAAAGGCGCGGAGCGGCGAAAGAUGGUCAUCGCCACCGGCACCAAUCCAAGCUCCGACGCGUUCUGUUCUCCACUCGCUCAGAUCUCGGGCCAUGGGGCCCUGAUCUACUCUGACCCACAAACUCUGAACCUUCAUCGCCAACAUGCCAAAGGACAGAAGAUAAGAAGAGUUGCUUUUUUAGGGCAGGUAACUUUAACCAGGUGCCCCAAAGGUAAACUGGAUGGCCAUUGCGCAAAGGUGUCACUACAGCAUGCGCAGCGGGGCCGAGACGCACUGGACGCUGCCAGCAGUUAUUGUUCUGUGGACUUCUCUGUGGGCAAUCGCUUCCUCUUUCCCGACCCCGAACAGGACUAACGCCACUUUGUUAGAAAGGAAGUGGGAGACGCUUUUCUCCCGCUCCUAUCUGGGUGUAAACGGGGGCAGAUCGCAGCUGAACUGGCAGAGCGACUACUUGCAGGGCAUCAAAAGAGUGCGGCGGCUGUACUGCAACGUGGGCAUUGGGUUUCACCUGCAGGUGCUCCCGGAUGGCAGGAUAAGCGGUGUGCACAGUGAAAACCCAUACAGUCUGAUAGAGAUCUCCACCGUGGACCGAGGGGUGAUCAGCCUGUUCGGGGUGAGGAGUCAGCUGUUUGUCGCAAUGAACAGCAGAGGAAGGUUGUACGGCACGAGCCUCUUCAAGGACGAGUGCAAGUUCAAGGAGACGCUGCUGCCGAACAACUACAACGCCUACGAGUCUUUUGUUUACAAGGGCUUCUACAUCGGCCUGAGCAAGCACGGCCGGGUAAAGCGAGGCAACAAGGCGACCACCGCCAUGACUGUCACACAUUUCCUCCCGCGACUAUGAAAGAAGCUGACAUUUUCAGAGAAAUUUGCACAUGUGGAUGUUCCUCCAGGUAACAAAGAUGUAGAAAUGGAAAGUCACGACAGACGCACCCAUGAACUGCGAAGGAAAACACAAAUAUUUAUUCUGUUAUACAUAUUUAUGUGUAUAUUUGGAUAGCCGUGUUUGUAAAUGUAUGCCAAACUGUGCUGCUUAUUGUUUUUCUGGACAGGGCGAGUCGAAGCCCGUCCCUGUCCCACUUUACCUUGGUGCUUGCUGAAACUCAACUACACGCCACUUACUUUUCUGAGAUGGAGGGUGAGCUUAAAUGCUGUGCUUUUAAAGAGUGAAAUGAAUACUUUUUAUUACCUCAACGAACCACUUCACUAGAUGAAGGACUGCAUGGACUUCUGCUCAAAUAUCCGCUGAGUUUAUCGUUUUAUUCAAACCUUUAAAUGCUUGACGGUUCACUGCUUGGUUACUGUUGUCCUGCAGUGGAGGGGAGAGAGAAAUUUAAAUGCACUACUUCGUUCCUGCACGAUUUAAAGGUGCCUUGGUGUUCCCACUUGCUGGCCCCCUUUAAACCUCUGUGUAAGAGACACCCGGGCGAGUCAGAAAUAGGGCUGACGCUCCGGAGAGAGGGCCUCACAAGAGGGGGAACGAGGGAGGAGGGGGUCGGCUAUCUCUGGUUUAUUUUCUUUUCUGUAAUUAGAUCGAUUAAGUAAUAAACAAUCUGUGGUUGAGACCGGAGAACGGUCGGCCAUGGAUGCUGGCACAAGGCCAGGUGUUUUACUGUGUAGCUAAGAAAACAGGGUGGAAAUCCGUAUGUGCCACAGCAUGGGGGAACGGUUCGGGUCGGACCUGGCUUGCUUCUGCACAAUUAUCCACUGAGCGGACGAAGCAAAUAGCAAAUAGCAGUAGAGUGUGCUGCUGUUUUUUUUGGGAAUGCGAAGCUUUUAGCUGCUAAAGGAAAUGGAAAACAAUGUAAAUAGCUGCAAGUUUAAAAGAAGACGUUUUUGUAGCACAAAAAAUACAAAAGGCUGCACAAGAAACCAGCAAUGAUGCUACUUAAAACACUCGGUUUGUCUUUGGUUUUGUGUUUUUGGGGAUUUUUUAGCAGCCUUUCUGUCUUUUUCAGACCUAAAUGCAAUUUUGGCGCUCAGCACCUACAUUAAGGCUUAACUAUUUCUCCACAGAGGAGGAGGGGCUUUAGGUAUAAAUAGCACCAGUUUGUUCACAAAGCAGAAGGUGGAGGCCGUUUUGCAGACUCACGAAUCGGAUAUUCUCGUUCAGUAUUCCAAAGAUGUUUUUCUCGCCUCGUUCUCUGAAUUCCCCAGACUCCACCGGAGUGGAUCUACUUGUAGUUCCUGCAGCUGUUAACUGCUUCAUUCCUGUGCGACAGGAAGCAGGAAUAUUUAAACCCAGGAAAGACGUGUGCAUGCUGUCUUUGUUUGUCAAACCGGCCCUCCCCUGCAGGAAUGCGGGUCUGCCAGGAUGACAGGGGCGCUUCCCCACAUACCUGAACUCUUGACAGGCUGCGCUGUCCACCUCUGCCUGUUUGCUGCCCCCAACCUUCACCCGCUGCAGGGAGGAACCUUUCAGAUUCCAGUUUUAACCUGUCAGCUUCCUCCUCUCAUUUCAGCCUUUUUUAGUUCAAGGUCAGAGUCACUGAGCAGCCUGUGGUCAGGGUGGUCUGUUGUCCACAACAGGAAUUUAGAUCAUCGUUUUAAAAGUGCUCAUAUCCCUUCAUGUGUCGGAUAAAACUACAAACUGUAUGUGAGAUAUCAAUGCAAGUGAGAAAACCGUGAAGUGGAAGGAAAAAGAUUUAUGUUUGUUGUUGAAUUUGGCUGUGAGUUCUGAAGGAGAGCAGUGUUUUGUAGGUUUGUAGUUGUGCUAUACGGCUUACCAUUUCAGAUGAUGCAUUGAACAGAGCUCUAUGUUAUGUGCACAUCUUGAAAUAUUGUUUUAGGUGACUCAUUAUCAGUACCAGACAGAUUAGGAUCCGUUUAACAUGUUCAUUACAUUUAAAUAAUUCUUAAUGAGAUUUUAAUCUGCCUAUUUUAAGCUUCUCUUGUCACUUUAAAC